AUGCAAGGUUAUACUAUAAAGUAACUAUUGUUAGAUAUUGCAGAAGUAAUAGACAAUGUAAUAUAUCUACUUUGAAGUAGGACAUCAUUGAGACAUAUGAACAAAUCAAUAAAGUUAGCGUAAAGUAAAUUAGCGAGUAAUCAGAGAAGUAAUAAUAUGACAAUAUCCUCUAAAUCGUUGCAUAUUUAAAUAGGUAACUUUCUAAUUGCUAUGCAAAAGAGUCAAAAAUGUAUUUGAAGAAUAAUUGGAAGAACAUAUAAACAAUGAUUAUGAGACAAUUAUCUAAAAACUUGAAGCAUCCAUUAGAACUCACAUCAGGGUAGAACAACAACAGAAAUUGCAAAUUGAUGCUUUGAUACAGAAGAUAGAUGAAGUCACUGCUGAAAAGGAUAUUAUUAUUAUAUAAUAGUAGGAAAAAAUAAAAUCUUUAGAAUAAGCCAUUAAAGUAAGUUAGUAUUAUUAUCAUAGGAUCAACAUAAAAAAAUAUUUGAUAGUUCACCAAAAGAAAUACUUCAUAAAAAGACUCCCUCAGCUUUUGAGAGAUUGAGUAAAUUAGUCUCUAAUAAAUCCCAAAAAAGCUUAUAAAACUCCAAUAAUGAAGCAAAUUUUAAAGCUUUGUUAAAAAUAUGCAAUACUGAAAAAGAUCGUUCUCUUUCUAAGGGUAGAAAACAAGUUACAGUUAAAUAGGAAAGUAAUAAUUAAAGAACAAAUGAUGAAACUCAGUAAUGUUAUGAAUUUAUAAAGAAAUCUAGAGCCUAAACUGACAGAAACAGAAAGACUAAAAGAUUCAAAGGGUGAUAAAAGACAUCGCUUUUAAAAAUCUGAAAAGCUAACUGAACAAUCACAAUAAUCAUUAAGCACAGAGAAAUUACAUAAAUAUAAUAAAACGAAAAAAGAAUCGCCAUUAAUUAGAGUAUUUUUUAUUGUUAUAAGUAAAAGUAAGAAUAAACAAUGGCCAGCCAAAGUUUUGAUUAAGUCGGUAAAAGCUUAUAAGCCUUGUAGAGACAGAUUUCAAACUCUCGCUUGUAAAAUAAUCAAAGUUCACAAUUACUUAAAUUCUUAUAGAAGAAAUGA